AUGCUGGGAGGGCGCGCUCCGGGGACGUUCGCGCGGGCUCCGCCCAGCAACUGGGGCCCGGUCGGAGCCCUGGGCGAGGGCCCGUUCCGGCGGCUCCCGAAGUGGGUCUACGGCGUGCUCGCCAUCGUCGGUAUCGCGGUGGCGCGCUGGGUGUUCUUUGCGGGCCCACCGCCCCCGGGAGGGAACGCUCCGAUCCCUGCCUACGAUGGCGCCCCGGGCUCCGACGAGGCCUUCCACGGCCAAGCGAGCGUCCGCCGGGCCGCGAGCACGUUCAAGUGGGCGCGGGAGGCCCCGCGCAUGGACCCUGCGCGGAUACGCAAGGCGAAGGCGCCCAAGGACGGCAGCGGCCACCUCACGGUGGGGUCGAUGGAGAAACCGGACGAAGGACUGCUCAAGGGCUUCUACGAGCGGCCCGAGUGCAUGCACUGGGCCCAGAGCGCGGCGUUCGUGGGCGGUGGCUCGCGGUCGCACAUCACCACCGCCGAGGGGCGCGUGGUCACCUCCCACGUGGACGCGCGAUCAGGCAGGACGUCCGUGUACGUGUACGCGAUGGACCCGAACGUCGCAGCGUGGACGGAGUCCCAGCUCGAGGACGUUCAGAUCCUUCGCGGGCACGGCACGCCGAGGUGGCACCGGUGGGGCGAGUCGAUGGCUGCGGGCGGCAACAGAUUGGCGGUGACCAGCCGCAUCUCCUGGUGCCGCGAUCUCCCCGGGGCGGAGGGCGACGACGCCGAGCGCGCGAAGGCGCCGAGCACCUGCUUCAUUGAGUCGCGCGUGGUGCUGUUCGAGUGGCAGGAGAAGCGCAACGAGUACGUGCUGCUCGCGGUGUCGGAGAACCUGGCCGAGCAGGGGGAGGACGAGGACCAGUCGGACAGCGUGGCGCAGGAUGGUGGGCCGAUUGACAGCAAGGGCGCGGUGCAGGUGCGGCUGUCCGAGGAGGGCAUGAUCACGGUGCAGGACGGCAACAUCAAGCUGUGGGAGUGGCCCAAGGCCGGCUCCGCGCCGGAGGUGACGGAGGAGGUCCUGCACGACGACACGCACGAGGUGAUUGACGCCGAUCUACACAGGGACGUGCUGGUGGUCGUGCUGAAGCUUUCGAAGCUCUCAGAUCUGUGCGAGCAGUACCGCGUGCACGAGAGCGAGGAGCAGCCCAAGUCGUGGGGCGUCAUCGGCGGGCGCCCGAAGAUCCAGCCCCAAUGGUGCAGCUCCUACGUUCAAGUAUACCUCAAGGACGGCGACAAGUGGCGCCCGAACCAAGUGCUGCUCCCGAAGACCCGCGACUACGGCGGCAACCUCCACGCGGCCAUCGGGGACGGCCUCAUCGCCGUCGGGGAGCCCGAGGGCGACGCGGGCACCUUCACCGACUCGGGCCGCGUCGUCGUGUGGGCGCGCGGGCGCGGGAUGAGCUACCGCAAGUGGCUCGUGCAGGCGGUGGUGUCCGCGGACGCGAACUCCGCGCACGGUUCCGGCUCGAUGGACGGGUUCGGGCAGGACGUGGCCAUUCAGGGGUCGCAGACGCUGGUGGUGGGCGCGCAGGACUUGUACGGGCAGGGGAUCGUGUACGCGUUCGAGCUGGACCGGUCCGGGGGGUGGCAGGAGACGGCGAACUUCGUGUCGACGCCGCAGGCGCUGCUGUCGACCGAGGACAUUUCGCUGUCGGGCGACCGGCUGCUGGUGCGGUGCGACUGGCCGGCGGCGCGGGUGUUUGUGUUCGACGCCGUGCGGGACAACUGCCCGCCGCUGCCGGAGACGACGACGCCGCCGGCGGCGGAGGCGCGGGCGGGCGCGGACUCGCGUCAGGGGGCGCGGUGA